AUGGAACUCUUCCGGAAGCUUCUUCCUUCACAGAAGGACUCCUCGUCGACUAGCCCGCAGCUCCAUGCCAGGAUUCCCCAAGGAAAAUGCACCGUAACAAACUUUGCAUUCGCAAAUACUCUUGGCACUGGUUCCUUCGGCCGAGUUUUCUUGGCGCGGAGGAAAGACGACCCCUCAGCUCCUCCGGUCGCAAUCAAGCGCCUUAAGAAGGCAGCAGUAAUAAGGCAGAAGCAGGUCGAUCAUAUCCUCUCGGAAAAGAAAAUCCUGCAAUUGAUCAACCAUCCUUUUACCGUGAACAUGCUAGGCACCUUUCGAGAUGAUCGUUAUUUGUAUAUAGUGAUGGAGUACGUGAUUGGCGGCGAGUUUUUCACAGUUCUGAGGAAGAACCGGAAGUUCGAGAACGACGCUUCUCGAUUCUAUGCUGCUCAAGUCACGAGCAUCUUUGAAUAUUUGCAUGGCAGAAACAUCAUCUACCGUGACCUAAAGCCGGAAAACUUGCUGGUAGAUUCAGAGGGAUAUCUGAAACUCACAGACUUCGGUUUUGCAAAAGUAAUCGAAAACAGGACAUACACGCUCUGCGGCACCCCCGAAUACAUCGCUCCUGAAGUGCUGCUGAACAAAGGGCACGGGAAGCCGGUGGACUGGUGGACGAUGGGGAUCUUGAUAUACGAAAUGAUUGUCGGGUAUCCGCCCUUUUUUGAUGACGAGCCAAUGGGGGUUUACCAGAAGAUUCUUGGGGGCCGUAUCGUCUUUCCGAAGUUUUUUGAUAAGAAUGCAAAGGCGCUUGUUAAGCGCCUACUUACCCCCGAUCUGGCCAAGCGUUACGGCAACCUGAGAAAUGGUGUCGCGGAUAUCAAGGAUCACAAAUGGUUCACUGGCUUCGACUGGAAUGCAUUACUGAAGAAGCAGUUGCCUCCUCCCUACAAGCCCGCAUUCAAGGCGCCUGACGACACCUCGAAUUUCGAUAACUACCCAGAAUCCACUGAGCAGCCACCUCCGAUUACGGGCUCUUUGGAUCCUUUUGUAGCAUGGUGA